GUUUACAGAGCUGUCUGUGAGAGUUGCAAAGCGGCAAAGGGGGGCAGACUCAAUUAAAGCCACACACAAGCACAUAAUAAACACCAAAACGUGAACUGGUCCUUAAUUCACAAAGAUUCUUUUGAAAAAGUAUGGCAACAUCUCGCUUUACUUCAAUUGAUCUACUUCUCAGGGGACCUUUGCAGAGGAAUAGCCGCCCUGUGCUAAAUGUAUUUGAGCUGGAGAAACUCCUGUACACAGGGAAAGCAGGAUGGCGUCAUGUAGAUGAAGUUUGGCCUGGACUGUAUUUGGGAGAUCAGGAAAUUGCUGCAAACAAAAGUGAGCUACUUCAUCUGGGCAUCACGCACAUCCUUAAUGUGACACAUAGUAAAUGGAGAGGCGGCGAAGAGUACUACAAAGGAAUGAAUAUUUCCUAUAAGGGUAUAGAAGCUCAGGAUUCGCCCUCAUUUGAUAUGAGCGUCUACUUCUAUCCUGCAUCAGAAUUCAUCCAUGGUGCUCUGAGACUCAGGGGAGGUAAAAUACUGGUACAUUGUGCAGUGGGAGUUAGUCGAUCUGCGACGCUCGUCCUUGCUUACCUCAUGAUACACCACAACAUGACCUUGGUUGAAGCCAUUACAACUGUGAAAGAACAAAGAGGAAUUAUUCCUAACCGGGGUUUUCUGGGACAACUGGUGAAUUUGGACAAUCAGUUAAGAAGGAAUCGUUAGAUCAGCAUAUACAGUAUAUACAUAUUUGUGUUUGGGUUCCAGGAUAGAUAUGAAUAGCUAGAUUGUAAGUUCCCAUGGAAAUAGGGCCCUCAAUUCCUCUUGUAUUUGUUUGAUAAAUUUUGUCCUGUCUCUAAAAUAUAUUGUAUCAUCGCGGUACUUUAUCUUUUGUACCCAUGGACAGCUCUGUGGAAUUUGUUGGUGCUUUAUAAAUAAAGAAUAAUAAAGAUUA